UCAAGGAAACAUUAUAUCAAAAAAUAAAGGUGGAACAUUUCCAGAUCAGAAAAAGAGGAAAUAUCUAGAAAUCUGUGGGGUGGAAAUACUCAUUCCAGACCCUGUGAGGAAACAAACAGCUUGAACCAUCCAAGAAGAAAGAAUCAAGAAUCUAAGACUAUCAGUGGUAGAAAAGCUCCACAGAUGUUCAUAUUGUCAGAAAAGCACAGAUUAAAAAUCAGAGCUGAUUAUGGAUCAGAAGAUCCACACUGGUGAAAAACCAUACAAAUGCCCCGAAUAUGGUGAAGUUUUUCACUACACUUCCCAACUUCUUGAGCAUAAAAGAACCCAUAAUGGAGAAAAGCCCUAUGAGUGCCCACAGUGUGCCAAAAAGUUUAGUAAGCAUGCCAUGCUGGUGAUACACAAGCGGACACACACCGGAGAGAAACCAUUUGAGUGUCCAGAGUGUGGGAAAAGUUUCAGUCGGAACUCUUCCCUGAUGAUACACCGGAGGACUCACACAGGAGAGAAACCAUAUGAGUGUCCAGAUUGUGGGAAAAGUUUCAAUAAUUAUUCUAACCUUGUGAAACACCAGAGGACUCACACAGGGGAGAAACCAUAUGAGUGUCCAGAUUGUGGGAAAAGCUUCAGUCGUAGUGCCUACUUGGUUACACACCAGAGAACUCACACUGGGGAGAAACCAUAUGAGUGCCCAGAUUGUGAGAAAAGCUUUAGCCAUAAUUCCUACUUGGUUAGACACCAGAGAACUCACACUGGGGAGAAACCAUACAUGUGUACAGAUUGUGGGAAAGCUUUCAGUUGGAAUUCUGACCUGGUGAAACACCAGAGGACUCACACAGGAGAGAAACCAUAUGAGUGCCCAGAUUGUGGGAAAAGCUUUAGACAUAAUUCCUACUUGGUUAUACACCAGAGAACUCACACUGGGGAGAAACCAUAUGAGUGUCCAGAUUGUGGGAAAAGUUUCAGUAAUAAUUAUAGCCUUAUCAAACACCAGAGGACUCACACGGGAGAGAAACCAUAUAAGUGUCUAUACUGUGGGAAAAGUUUCAGUCAGAGCUCUUGCCUGGUGAUACAUCAGAGGACUCACACGGGUGAGAAACCAUAUAAGUGUCCGGAUUGUGGGGAAAAUUUCCAGCAGAAUUCCAAUCUGGUCAUACACCAGAGGAUUCACACAGGACAGAAACCGUAUGCGUGUCCAGAGUGUGGGAAAAGUUUCCGUCAGAAUUCUUCCCUGGUGAUACACCAGAGGACUCACACUGGGGAGAAACCGUAUGAGUGUUCAGACUGUGGGAAAAGUUUCACUAAUAAAUCCACCCUUGUGCAACACCAGAGGACUCACACAGGCGAGAAGCCAUAUGAGUGUCCAGAUUGUGGGAAAAGUUUCAGUCGGAACUCUCACCUUGUGCAACACCAGAGGACUCACACUGGGGAGAAACCAUAUGAGUGUUCAGAUUGUGGGAAAAGUUUUCGUCAAAAUUCCAAUCUGGUCAAACACCAGAGGAUUCACACAGGACAGAAACCAUAUGAGUGUUCAGAGUGUGGGAAAGGUUUCUGUCAGAACUCUUCCCUGGUGAUACACCAGAGGAUUCACACGGGCGAGAAACCAUAUGAGUGUCCAGAUUGUGGGAAAAGUUUCAGUCAGAACUCUAACCUGGUGACACACCAGAGGACUCACACGGGUGAGAAACCAUAUGAGUGUCUAUACUGUGGGAAAGGUUUCAGUCAGAACUCUUGCCUGGUGAUACACCAGAGGACUCACAUGGGUGAGAAACCAUAUGAGUGUCCGGAUUGUGGGGAAAAUUUCCAGCAGAAUUCCUAUCUGGUCAUACACCAGAGGAUUCACACAGGACAGAAACCAUACGAGUAUCCAGAGUGUGGGAAAAGUUUCUGUCAGAACUCUUGCCUGGUGAUACACCAGAGGGCUCACACUGGGGAGAAACCGUAUGAGUGUUCGGAUUGUGGGAAAAGUUUCACUAAUAAAUCCAGCCUUGUGCAACACCAGAGGACUCACACGGACGAGAAACCAUAUGAGUGUCCAGAUUGUGGGAAAAGUUUUCGUCAAAAUUACACUCUGGUCAGACACCAGAGAAUUCACACAGGACAAAAACCGUAUGAGUGUUCAGAUUGUGGGAAAAGUUUUUCUUAUAAAUCCAGUCUAGUGCAACACCACAGGACUCACACGGGUGAGAAACCCUAUGAGUGUCCGGUUUGUGGGAAAAGUUUCAGUCAGAACUUUAACCUGGUGAUACACCAGAGGACUCACAUUGGGGAGAAACCGUAUGAGUGUUUGGAUUGUGGGAAAAGUUUUCGUCAAAAUUCCGACCUGGUGAUACACCAGAGAAUGCACAUAUGA